AAAGGCAAAUAAAAUAUCCAAGAUGAUUCAACAAUUGAUUUAUAUUUUUCUCUCCCUUUUCUCUUUCCUGUCAUUGAAGGGAGACUAGUGGAGCAUAUGAAGCCAACUGGCAAUGAAGCAAGUCAGUCCUCUCAUAUUGCACAGAGUACUACUGGUGGCUGGAAAUGAAAGCAUAGAAAACCCAAAACUCAUUAUCUACUGAAUCUGCGAAGCCAACUGGCAUGGAUAUGAUGAGAUUAAGGAAGGAGAUCCAUUGAGAAAAUCUUUAAACUUCAUUUUCUCCAAGGAGAAAAUAGAUGAUGAAGAUCUGAGAAAGAUAAUGACCCCUUUACCAAACCUCUAUAUAUACCCACCAACAUUUUCCUAAACACAAACAAGAAGCCUUCAGCACUUGUCUAUCAGAUAAAAACACUCACUACAGUUUCAUUUUCUCUCAAAUGGCUUCUUCAGCAAUGGCUCUCUCCUCCCCUUCUCUAGCUGGCCAAGCUGUGAAGCUCAGUCCCUCCACAUCUAAUCUCCUUGGUGAGGGCCGAGUCACCAUGCGCAAAACUGCAGCCAAGUCGAAAAAUGUGUCCUCUGGCAGCCCUUGGUAUGGUGCGGACCGUGUUAAGUACUUGGGCCCAUUCUCCGGUGAGGCUCCAUCUUACCUCACAGGAGAGUUUCCCGGGGACUACGGUUGGGACACUGCUGGGCUAUCAGCGGAUCCCGAGACCUUUGCCAAAAACCGUGAGCUUGAGGUCAUCCAUUCCAGAUGGGCCAUGCUUGGGGCCUUGGGUUGUGUUUUCCCUGAACUCCUAGCCCGCAAUGGAGUCAAGUUCGGCGAAGCUGUUUGGUUCAAGGCCGGAGCCCAGAUAUUUAGCGAGGGUGGGUUAGAUUACUUGGGAAACCCGAGCUUAGUCCAUGCCCAAAGCAUUUUGGCAAUUUGGGCAACACAGGUCAUCUUGAUGGGUGUGGUUGAAGGCUAUAGAAUUGCCGGUGGGCCUCUCGGUGAGGUGGUAGACCCAUUGUACCCUGGUGGGAGCUUUGAUCCAUUAGGACUCGCUGAAGAUCCAGAGGCAUUUGCAGAACUUAAGGUGAAGGAGCUAAAGAAUGGGAGAUUAGCCAUGUUUUCUAUGUUCGGGUUUUUCGUGCAAGCCAUUGUCACCGGAAAGGGACCAAUCGAAAACCUCGCCGACCACUUGGCUGACCCUGUUAACAACAAUGCUUGGUCAUACGCAACAAACUUUGUUCCCGGAAAGUGAGGUUGACAACUUAAGAGAAACACAAAUUGUACAAUUUGUUGUGAAAUUAAUGAAGAUUAAUGCAGAUGUAAACUUGGCAAGCUAUAUAAAGCGUGCAUUACAAAUUUAGCAUAUUGACAAACCUGUUCCUCCUCCACACAAGCCUAAAUGCAGCACUAGGCUUAGGCUACAAGUAAAACCAAAGGCAACUUUCAAUGGAGGCCAUAGCUCAAGAACAUAAGAAAAUGCAAAGCACACUACAUAUUCAUCUCGGAGAUUCCGGUCUGUAGAAACCUAAGCAUCAUCCUUGUGUAAUCAGAUAAUGAAAAUCUCUUUACUGUUCUUUCUUGGGCUGCCUUAUAAAAACAUCAGUUAAAGCAGAAUCACCAGCAAUAGAUGCCACUAGUAGACGCAAAACCCACAACAAGCAAAUAACAGGAGAUAUAGGCCUUAUAAUCAGCUUUUUGGUUACUGUGAACAUGGUCGGGCCUUUCAAAAAUCCUUGAGAACUUCUAUCAUUCACCAAUUUGAGAUGGCAUGUUUACACCUUAGAAGGGAUGAGGGUUUAUCAGUAAGCAGCAUCUCCUCUACACCAUUAGGACGACAAUAAGCAUGAGGCCUCGGAGCCCUUCUUAAUUCCCGAAAUAUGGUUCUUGUAGGAAAGCCAGGACA